CAGAUAGGGAAGGUGAAAGUGUGUAGCUUAUCGAAUACCAAGAAUGCCGGCGUCGGAAAUCACUGCCGACGCGUUAUCGGCGUCCGGCCGGACGUCGGAGAAGCUGAGCCUGCCUACACUCCAAUCUAAAAUGAAAUGUGAUCCUGAAGGUUACGAGACUGAGUUAUCCCUGAUUUACAGCCAAUUCAAGUCUUCUGUCGAACUUUUUCAACAACAAGCAGCGCUGAAUUUCACUUCUGCUGCAAGCGGCGGUGUUGGAAGCGACCCUACCGUCGCCAAAGACCUCGGUGAUCGCGCCAUGUUCUUGGCUCACGUUACUCCUUUUUACCCUAACCAGCUCUUAGGUUAUCCAAAAGAGCUCGUGGAAUUCCUUAGGACAUCCGCUCGUGUGCUUCCGUCCUCGCUUCGUGUCACUGUUACACAAGCUCUGAUUCUUCUUCUUAACCGGAAGAUUGUUGCUAUCAAGGAGACUCUUGCAUUGUUCAUGGAGCUUCAGGUAUUGAGUGACAAGGUUUUGAAGGAAUUGGCAUUCUCUCAUGUCAUUCAUAGUAUCAGGCGAAUGAAUCAGAAACACAAGAAUGAAACAGAGAACAGAGCUCUGCAAAGUAUUUUAUUUUCAAUGCUACAGGAAGAAGAUGAAAAGAAAGCAAUGAGAUCACUUGUCACAAUAUGCGAUCUUCAUCGGAGGAAGGUUUGGUUUGAUGAUAGAACAGCGAAUGCUAUAUGUCGGGCAUGUUUCCAUUCAUCAUCAAGGAUUAUGAUCGCUGCUCUAUCAUUUCUUCUUGAUUAUGAAAAAAUCGAGCAAGACAGCGACAGUGAUGCGUCAAGUGAUGAAGAUGAAGCAGUCCACCAACCUCAUGUGGUCGUGAGUAAAGAGGCUAUUUAUAAGGCGAAAAAUACAGGAACAACAUCCAGCAAAAAGAAAAAGAAAGCGAAGUUGCAGCGUGUAAUCCGUAGCAUGAAAAAACAGCAACGUAUAUCAUCAGAGCGUGAUAAUAACUCAAACUACUAUUCACCACUCAACUCUUUGAAAGAUGCUCAGGGAUUUGCUGAGAAGCUGUUCUCACGACUUCAAACCUGUGGAGAACGGUUUGAGAUAAAGAUGAUGAUUGUGAAAGUAGUUGCUCGUACUGUUGGACUUCAUAGAUUGAUAUUAUUGAACUUCUAUCCUUUUCUUCAGAAGUAUGUUCAGCCUCACCAAAGGGACGUGACAAACUUACUUGCAGCAGCUGUCCAGGCCUGUCAUGAUAUGGUGCCACCUGAUGCAGUUGAACCGUUGUUCAAGCAAAUAGUCAAUCAAUUUGUGCAUGAUCGCUCUCGUACAGAGUCGAUUGCUGUUGGAUUAAAUGUGGUGCGGGAAAUAUGUUUACGCAUUCCUCUGUUAAUGACAGAAGACUUGCUGCAAGACCUUGUGCUAUAUAAGAAAUCACAUGAGAAGGCGGUUUCAUCUGCUGCUCGUUCACUUAUUUCAUUGUUUAGAGAGAUUUGUCCCUCACUUCUAAUAAAGAAGGACCGUGGACGACCUACUGAUCCAAAAGCAAAACCAAAAGCAUUCGGUGAGGUUACUGUUCCCAAUGAUGUUCCUGGGGCUGAUUUACUUAGGGACGAGGAGGAAGACGAUGACGAUGAUGAUGGCAGUGAUGGUUCAGAUCAAGAUGAGGACAACAGUGGUAUUGGGGAAGAGGAUGCCAUUAGUGAUGAUGAUAUCAGCACUCAUGAUGGGGGUUCGGAAUUUAACUCUGAUGAUGCUGCACAAAUGGAAAGUGAAGAGGAUGAAUCAUCGGAAGAUGAAGGUGAUGAUGAUUCAUGCAGUGACAAUGAUAAUGAGGAGGUGAAAGACAUAGAUGGAAUGUCCAUUGAUUCUCAGGGAACUAGAGGACAGAAGAGGAAAUUUGUGGACUUUGAUGGAGAACUUGACGCUGCCAGCCAAAGUCUUAGGGCUCUUAAGAGGUUAGCAGGACCGAAAUUGGAGACAGAUGCUUCAGAUUCAACAGACGGUAUUCUCUCAAAUGAGGACUUCCAGAGAAUCAAAGAGUUAAAGACAAAGAAGGAUGCAAAACUUGCAUUGGCCCAUCACGGAUUGUUGAAAAAGGCUUCCGAUCCAAAGUCGACGGUCUUCAAGAUCCCAACUUCUGAUCAACUCAGUUUGAAAAGAGUUGAUGGAGUUACACUUGAAGCUAACAUACGGAAAAAGAUGACCAAGGAGGAAAGGAAGGCUUUAAUCAAAGCAGGAAGAGAAGACACGGGGAAGUACCAAGCAAGAGCUGCUAUCAAGCAGAACAAGACGGGUGGGUUAAGCAACCGGCAAAAGGAACACAAGAAGGCUAUGCCUUUGGCUGCCAAGAGAUCGAAGGUCGAAAGAUCUCGUCGUCAGAAAAAGAUCAAGCAGAAGACCGCUGGCAAACAGUUCCGUGGUCGCAAAGCCUGGAAGUAACAAGUUUCUCCCAGUUGAAACCAUCCACAAUUUUGCUUUUCAUUUUCUCUUCAAGCAUUAUUUACCUUACAAUUUAGUGUUCUUUUUGUGGUGCCAAAUUUAUAUGAAAUGUAUCAUCUUUUAUACGUUAAGUACCAAUAUAAGCAUAUUUGUACCAAACCAUGGUGUAACUGUAGUUGUAAAAGGACAUUUUUAUUGCAUAAAAGUAGAAAUUUUACA